ACGCUCCCAUAACGCCAGGCAGUCGUUUGCAAGCCUCGAAGGCGUCCGGGAAGCUUCAAUUGAAACUCAACAAGAAUAGCUUAACUAAAGUCGACAUUUUUGUGUAAUUGUUCGGUGAAUAAAAGAAAUGUAAAAGCGCAUUAAAGAAACGAAUAGCUCGUGCCAAUUCCCCUGGGCUUUCUCUCGUCUCUCUCUGCCUCUUUUCUCGCUUCGCUUCCAGUGAGAAAUCAAAGUCGAUCGGUGAUAUUUUGACGUUAGUCAGCCUUUUACUCUUAGUUGCUCCGUGCUCUCCGAACAAACAACCAGCCAGCCAGCCAGCCGAAUUUUCAAGUUUCUCGACGCGACGCGGUCUCCUUCGAAAGCAAUAACACGAGACUUGUCGGGUGUGUGGUUGUGUUUGUGCGAUUGAUUAACAGCACUUUAAUAUAUUUAAAUUUUAUUAAUUUUUAUACACACACACACUUGUAAGUGUGUACACUGUAAAGCGCGUUCAGUUGAAUUGCUGUAAUUAUCAGAGUGCUAAAUCGGUGCACAUAUAUGUACAUAAAUUAUAUUCGAAUUUAACCCACUGCCGAAUCGAAGUGAGUGCCAGUGUGUGUAUGUGAGAUUUAUCCCCAGCAGACGUAUGAAUCACAAGAGGAAUCUGUACCGUUAGCAUUUGGAGCCAGCAAAGUUUUGGCCGUGACUUCUGACAUCGCUGAAUACCCCACAGACGAUGUAUACCGGCCAACCCACUACAGUGGCUACGUGAAUCGUGGCUACGAUGAUCUAGAUAGUUCCUACUACUUUUCCCAAUUUGAGGCCAUGGCAGAGGUUCGUGCAGGGAAUGGAGCGGUUCUGCCGCCCUAUGCAACCGACUCGGAUAUCGAGAAAGGAAGCGGGGGCAGUCGGGAGGCAGAUGCCUCUGCGGAGGACUCCAAUAACGAGGAGGAUGAGGAGGUCUUCCGGGACUGCACUGACGAUGUGGUGGCUGAGCAUCAAAGCCGCUGCCUGCCAGAGUUUCAAUUCUCGCUGGUCGAUUCUGAGUAUGAUGAGACACUGGCCUUUCCGGACUCGGUCACCAUCCUGUCGAAUGUGGGCGACAAGCCGGUGCUGGUGGAGCGCAAGGAGACGGACGACGAUGAUGAGGAGUUCGAUGACGAGGAGAACAACAGCGUGGUGCUGCGCCACGAAAUACCCUUCACCAGCAUUUAUGGUCCGAGUGUCAAGUUCAACUCCUUUCAGCGCAAGGUCUUCAUUCCGGGUCGCGAAAUUCACGUCAGAAUUGUGGACACAGAGCGCAGCGUCACAACACAUCUGCUUAAUCCCAAUCUUUAUACCAUCGAACUGACUCACGGCCCCUUCAAGUGGACAAUUAAGCGACGCUACAAGCACUUCAACUCGCUGCACCAGCAACUCAGCUUCUUUCGGACAUCUCUAAACAUUCCAUUCCCCAGCCGCAGUCACAAGGAGAAGCGAACCACGCUCAAGGCCACCGCUGAAAGUCAGUUGGCGGAUGAGUCCACUCUUAAGGAUUUGCCCGCUCACACCAAAGUCAAGCAGUGUAGCACUCCGGUUAGUGGUCAGGGUCACAACAACAACAACAAUGGCUCCGGCAACAAUGCCAUGGCCAUCAUCAGUCCCAGUCACAGUUCAAUUCUGGCCGGUCUCACGCCCCGCCGCAUCCAGAAAAAGCGCAAGAAGAAAAAGAAACGGAAACUGCCACGAUUUCCAAAUAGGCCAGAGAGUCUGGUCACAGUCGAAAAUCUGGUUGUGAGGAUCAAGCAGCUGGAGGAUUAUCUAUACAAUCUGCUCAACAUCAGUCUAUAUCGAUCACACCACGAAACGCUCAAUUUUGUGGAGGUUUCCAACGUGUCAUUUGUGCCCGGCAUGGGCAUCAAGGGCAAGGAGGGCGUGAUCCUGAAGCGGACAGGCUCAACCAGACCCGGUCAGGCGGGCUGCAAUUUCUUUGGCUGCUUCCAAAAGAACUGCUGCGUCCGCUGCAACUACUUCUGCUCGGAUGUGGUGUGCGGCACUUGGCGCAGCCGCUGGUUCUUUGUGAAGGAGACCUGCUUUGGCUACAUCCGUCCAACGGAUGGCAGCAUCCGGGCAGUGAUCCUGUUCGAUCAGGGCUUCGAUGUCUCCACGGGCAUCUACCAGACAGGCAUGCGCAAGGGUCUUCAGGUGCUGACCAACAACCGACACAUUGUUCUCAAGUGCUGGACACGGCGGAAGUGCAAGGAAUGGAUGCAGUACCUCAAGCAUACGGCCAAUUCGUACUCCCGGGACUUUACGCUGCCUAACCCGCACAUGUCCUAUGCCCCGAUGCGUGCUAAUACGCAAGCCUCGUGGUAUGUAGACGGUGCCCAGUAUAUGUCGGCCGUGGCCGAUGGGUUAGAAGCUGCCACGGAGGAGAUCUACAUAGCCGAUUGGUGGCUUAGCCCGGAGAUCUAUAUGAAGCGACCUGCGCUAGAUGGCGACUACUGGCGCCUGGACAAGAUUCUGCUGCGCAAGGCUGAGCAGGGAGUGCGCGUGUUUGUGCUGCUGUACAAGGAGGUGGAAAUGGCUUUGGGUAUCAAUAGCUACUACAGCAAGUCCACGCUGGCAAAGCAUGAGAACAUCAAGGUAAUGCGCCAUCCUGAUCAUGCCAGAGGUGGCAUCUUGCUGUGGGCUCAUCACGAGAAAAUCGUGGUCAUAGAUCAGACCUAUGCCUUCAUUGGGGGCAUUGACCUGUGCUAUGGUCGCUGGGAUGAUCACCACCAUCGUCUCACCGAUCUUGGAAGCAUCUCAACAGCCUCCGUCUCGGGUAGCACACGUCGCACGCCCAGCCUCUAUUUCAGCAAGGAUGACACGGACUCUGCCUUUGGAUCGCGCAAGUCCUCGCGGAAUGCCCACUACGAAACAUCCACCGCCAAGGAGCGAUCGCCUUCGCCGUCGCCUGAUGAGCCCAGUACCAGCAUCGAGUUGAGAACCCUAAAGCCCGGUGAUCGACUGCUGAUACCUUCGAUGCUGGUGCCAAGUCCAGGAGACACGCCCGGAGAGUGCAGCAUUGCCUUGGAGGGUAUGAAACUGAAUACCCCAGAGAUGGAGCGCAAGAAUGUGCUGGACCGUCUCAAGAACAACGCCAUGAAGGGCGCCCGUUUGGGCAAGGACUUUAUGCAACGUCUCACUGCCACUGAGGCGGCGGAGGAUAAACCGGACGGGGUGUAUACCGUUGAGUCCAACGAUGUAACGGACUACGAAGUGACUCUCAAGUCGGCUCCACAUGAACAGGAGGAGGUGACGGUGGCCGCCAACAGCACGCAAAUACUCAGCGAGUUCUAUGGCCAGGCCAAGUAUUGGUUCGGCAAGGACUACUCCAACUUCAUACUCAAGGACUGGAUGAACCUAAACUCGCCAUUCGUUGACAUUAUUGACCGCACCACCACGCCGCGGAUGCCCUGGCAUGAUGUGGGUCUCUGCGUGGUUGGUGCAUCUGCCAGGGAUGUUGCUCGCCACUUUAUCCAGCGUUGGAAUGCCAUGAAGCUGGAAAAGCUGCGCGACAAUACACGCUUCCCCUACCUGAUGCCCAAGAGCUACCACCAGGUGAGGCUGAACUCCCACCUGCAGCAACUGCAGCAGCGCCGCCAGCAGCGAGUCACCUGCCAGUUGCUGCGCAGCGUUUCAGCCUGGAGUUGUGGCUUUAUCGAGGCGGAUCUGGUGGAGCAGUCCAUCCAUGAUGCCUACAUCCAGACAAUCACCAAGGCGCAGCACUAUGUGUAUAUUGAGAACCAGUUUUUCAUCACCAUGCAGCUGGGCAUGGGUGUGCCGGGGUCGCACAACAAUGUCCGGAAUCAGAUCGGCGAGACCCUCUUCAAGAGGAUCGUGCGGGCGCACAAGGAACGAAAGGCGUUCCGCGUGUAUGUGAUAAUGCCGCUGCUGCCGGGCUUUGAGGGUGAUGUGGGCGGCAGUACGGGAAUUGCUGUCCGGGCCAUCACUCACUGGAACUAUGCAUCCAUUUCCAGGGGUCGCACUGCCAUUUUGACUCGCCUCCUGGAGGCCGGUGUAACCGAGCCACAGAAUUACAUCUCAUUCCACAGCCUGCGCAACCACUCCUUCCUGAACAACACGCCCAUCACGGAGCUGAUCUAUGUGCACUCCAAGUUGCUGAUUGCCGACGAUCGUGUUGUUAUAUGUGGUUCUGCAAACAUCAACGACCGCUCGAUGAUUGGCAAGCGGGACUCGGAAAUUGCGGCCAUCAUCAUGGACGAGGAGUUUGAGGAUGGCCGCAUGAAUGGCAAGAAGUAUCCCAGCGGAGUAUUUGCCGGACGUCUGCGAAAAUAUCUCUUCAAGGAGCACUUGGGCCUUUUGGAGGAGGGUUCUAGCCGCUCCGAACUGGACACCAGCGAUCCCGUAUGCGACAAAUUUUGGCAUGGCACCUGGCGCCGUAUAUCCACAAGGAAUACGGAGAUUUACGAUGAGGUGUUCAAGUGCAUACCCACGGACUUUGUCAAGACUUUUGCCAGCCUGCGCAAGUACCAAGAGGAGCCGCCACUGGCCAAGACAGAGCCAGAGUUGGCGGCCAACAGAGCCAAUGAAAUUCAGGGAUACUUGGUGAAUUUGCCUUUGGAGUUCCUCAACAAGGAGGUGCUUACACCGCCCGGCACCAGCAAGGAGGGUCUCAUUCCCACCUCCGUAUGGACAUGACAUCUUUGAGAGAAAUAGAGAGAGAGAGAAAGAGAGAUUCCUACCUCUGUAUACAAGUUUUCAAGACGCAACUAGCUCUUAAUUCGUAAAUUCCUGUGGAACACCUAUAUUAACGUUUACAAAACCCCACCAAAUGCGCUUAACCCAAACUUGAACGCUUUGUCAUUGCCAAGUCGUAAGCUUUGUAUAUUGUAUAUAUAAUAUAUAUAAUAUAUAUAAUAUUCGUAAAUGCCUUAGGUACUACCAUCUAGUUAUUAAUUUAUUUUAUGCUGUUUGUCUAUCCGGAUGUGCUCAAGCCUAGUUCUUAGACCGUAAUUGUUAUUCUUUUGUACAAUGUUUAAAAGCAGUAUUUUAGAAUGUUUUACACAAGCUUAUUAAAGUGAUAUGGAGUGCAAAUAAACUAAUUUUGUUGAGAAAGAAAUUACCAAGGGUAAUAAAACAUUUUGCAAAUAUA